AUGGCGAAUCAAGUCAGUCUUCUUGCUUAUCUGCAACAUGGCCCACCAAGAAUACCGAUCAUUGAACAAGGGCAAUCGACGGAUAACACCACGAACCCAAAAUACUCCGCGGAUGAUAUCACAUAUGUUGGGCAUUGGGCAACUUUCAACUUGAACACGAUUUUGCAUCAGCAUCAGGCUGUACUCACAAACAGUCGGCGAGAAGAUGAGGCGAUGCCCUUAUCACCUCCGCAAGCGAUCAACUCGGAGCCAGGUCUUCGGCAACGUUUCUCAUUCUAUAUGAACCAAAGGGUCCGCAGGGCUCUCCGUAGUGGCUUUGACUUUUUGACAACGAACAACCAGUUGGCCAACCGUACUGUUGUGGAUUUCGGAGAAGGAAACUUGGCGCAACUCAUCGAGCAGUUCACACCCGAUACCGCAUACUACGAUCCACUUCUCCCGGCCCCGACGAGACCGAACCGAGUUCCAGGAGAUCUGAAGCCCUCUUUUAAAUGGUCUCUCGCUCUGCGGAACAGCCCAACUCCAUAUGGAAGAAAGCAGUUCAAACAAGCCCUGGCCCAAGUCAACUAUUAUAUGAAGCAGCAUGAGACUCAUUUUGGAUUUAUCCUCACUGAUCGUGAGCUUGUCGCAAUUCGACGCCUCGAUCGUAACGGAAGGUUGGAGUUAUCUGAUUCCGUUCCAUGGAUUACCAAAGGAAGUGAAAGCCAGCUGCGCCUUACGGUAUUGCUCGCCUUGUGGUACUUGGGGAUGCUUGCGUCGGAUAACCUACAAUGGCAUUUACCUUAG